AUGUCUUGCUACGACCUGUCCAUCAGCCGCCCCCAGCCCCUUGCUGACAGUGGGAAUGAACCAUGUGUCCGUCAGUGCCCUGACUCCACAACUGUGAUCCAGCCCCCUCCAGUUGUUGUUACCUUCCCUGGUCCCAUCCUCAGCUCCUUCCCUCAGGAUUCAGUUAUAGGAUCCUCUGGAGCACCUGUCUUUGGGGGUUAUGGGGGGUCCCUGGGCUACGGGGGUCUGUAUGGAUCUGGGGGUUCUUCUCUGGGCUAUGGGGGACUGGGGGGAUAUGGAGGCUCCUCCCUGGGCUAUGGAGGUCUUGGGGGAUAUGGGGGCUGGGGCUCUGGGGGAUCUUCCCUGGGUUACAGGGGCCUGUACGGCUAUGGUAGAUCCUAUGGUUCUGGCUCCUGGAGCCCUCUGUCCUCCCAGUACAGCAAGAACCGCCGUGGCAGCUGUGGGCCCUGCUAA